AUAAGAUAUUAGAUGAAAAGCAAAGAGUUCCAACUAAUUUCCCCUCCAUUUCUAUGAUUUCCAAUUUUGUUUUCCAAGAAAAGAAAGCUUACAUCUUUCUCCUCCAACGAGCCAGCAAAUCAAAGGGGGCUCUGAUCUGUUUCUUUCCUUUAAAGGGUGUCUCCCAAAUGCCGUUUCUUUCUUCUUCUUCUUCAUAACAAAGAUUUUUGUCAAGAAACCUUCGUUUUAUCUUGAAAACAUUUUAGGGUUUUCAAAAUGCCGGGUCACAGAUCGAAAUCGGAGAAGAAUAAGGGAGAAAAUCAAUUAAGGAGAGACCCAUAUGAGGUUCUUGGUGUUUCUGUUAGCUCCACAGAUCAAGAAAUCAAAACCGCUUACCGUAAAUUGGCUUUGAAGUACCAUCCUGACAAGAAUGCAAAUGACCCUAAAGCUGCUGAUAUGUUUAAGGAGAUCACAUAUUCAUAUAAUAUAUUAUCUGAUCCCGAUAAACGGAACCAGUAUGACAGUGCUGGUUUUGAGGCGAUUGAAGCUGAAACCCAGGAUUUGGAGCUUGAUCUUUCAAGUUUGGGAGCUAUGAGUACCAUGGUUGCUGCAUUUUUUAGCAAACUUGGAGUUCCAAUAAAAACUCUUGUAUCAGCAACCGUGUUAGAGGAGGCUAUAAAUGGUACAGUCCCGACCCAUCCCCUUGCUUUGGGGAAGCCUGUUUCUAGAAAGGUCGAAAAGCAAUCUGCCCAUUUCUUUUCUGUUAGGAUAACCGAGAAGGAAGCACAGGCUGGAAUAGUUUGCCGAGUGCAAUCAGCAGAAAAGAGCAAGUUCAAGCUUUUAUACUUUGAGCGGGACGAAAACGGUGGACUGAAUCUUGCUCUGCAGGAAGAUAGUGCAAAAAAAGGAAAGGUGACUAUUGCUGGAAUGUAUUUCCUUGGUUUUCCUGUCUAUAAAUUGGAUCAACAGUCUAGCUUAAUGGCUAAGAAGGAUCCGGAUACUGCUUUCUUUAGGAGGCUGGAAGGAUUUCAGCCCUGUGAAAUUACCGAAUUAAAAGCUGGCGUUCAUACAUUCGCUGUUUAUGGCGAUAAUUUCUUUAAAAGUGCUAGCUACACAAUUGAGAUUCUUUCUACAGCUUCUUUUGUUAACGAAAAGGAGAAUCUGCGUGCUGUGGAAGCACAUAUUUCUACGAAACGAACGGAAAUCUCCAAAUUUGAAACGGAAUAUAGACAGGUUCUUGCACAAUUCACGGAUAUGACAAGCAGAUACACAAAAGAAAUGCAAACGAUCGACGAGCUUCUUAAACAAAGACACGAGAUACAAGCUUCAUACACAACCGCCCCACAAAUAAAUAGCAGUAGCAGUAGUAGUAAAAAACGGGUUAUUUUGAAAGACGACAAAAAGGCAAAGAAAAAGUGGUAUAAUCUUCAUGUAAAGGUGGACAAGAGAAAGCCUUGAACGAGUUAAGAGUCUACAGAAAGAUAAAACUCACCGGUCUAAAUAUGAGCAGGUGUGUACAACUGCACAAGACCAUGACCAUGUUUCCGAAUAACGAAUAUGGUCGGGCCGUGCCGGGCCGGCCGGGUGUAUAGCUGCUAAAAUCUAUAUACUUGUUUUCCUUUUGUGUUGUGCUUUUUGUUUCUGGUAUUUUAAAACAAUAUAUGCAGUUGUAAAUUAGCUAGGCCAACUUACUUAUUCCAGUCAACACCUUUCUUACGACA